AUGAGGAGCCCGCGCUGCGCCCCGCUGCUGCUCCUGCUGCUGCUGCUGUCGCCGCCCGCGGGGGACGCCGCCGUCAUUACCGGGGCCUGCGACAAGGAUUCGCAGUGUGGCGGAGGCAUGUGCUGUGCCGUCAGUAUCUGGGUUAAGAGCAUACGGAUCUGCACGCCCAUGGGGAAGGUGGGCGAUACCUGCCACCCGCUGACUCGGAAAGUUCCAUUUUGGGGGCGAAGGACACAUCACACUUGCCCAUGUCUGCCAGGACUGGCCUGUUUAAGGACUUCUUUUAACCGGUUUAUUUGUCUAACCCGAAAGUAAUCACUCUGAAGUAGGAACUUUAAAUGUGAAAUGCCACACAAUGUCUGUCAAGUCUGUCAAGUCUCACUUGUGGUUUGUGCCAAACAAAAGAAUAUGCCACAAAGAAAUGCUCAUGCUUCCCUGACUGUUCUAAGUAACAUUUUCAUCUUUGAUUCUGAAGUGAUUUUUUUUUUUCUU